AAUCCUGUGUAUUGUACUACUUGAUGAGAUACCCUGAGGUGAGGUGGGAACACAGCACAACACAGAGGACACGACCGAACGGCACCACCCAAAAUUCUACGCCACGUGCUCUUUGCAACUCCGGUUGCUUCCCCUUUUCUGUUCGGCGCUUGAUCUUAUGUCCUCUCCACACUCCACACUGAUAUUGUCAUUCCGUCCCUUCAUUCGUUUCUGAUUUCCUUCCACCUUGCCAUCCGCUUCAGCGCUUCAUCUCGAUCACUCCUCUUAGGACCUACGUUUGUUUUUGGAGGACAAUCUCAAGUAAUUGUGGGCAUUGUUUGGUCCUGAGCUUGUUGGAUGAUGGAUCUCUAGUCUUACGCAGCUACACACUUAUGGAAUCCGUUGGUAAAUCAGAGGUUAUUGAGAGGGAAGUUAAAGACAGGGAACACAAGGAAGACAAGAAAGACCAAGAAGAUGGUGGGUUUCUUGGAAAGGUUAAAGAUUUCAUCAGCGAUAUUGGAGAAAAAAUUGAGGAGACAAUUGGAUUUGGGAAACCAACUGCAGAUGUUACUGGGAUUCAUAUUCCCCACAUCAAUCUUGAAAAGGCUGAUCUAGUUGUGGAUGUCCUUGUGAAGAACCCGAAUCCUAUUCCCAUCCCUCUCAUUGACAUAAACUAUUUAAUUGAGAGUGAUGGGAGGAAACUAGUUUCUGGACUUAUUCCUGAUGCUGGGACGAUACACGCACAUGGUUCUGAGACUGUUAAGAUACCAGUUUGUUUGAUAUAUGAUGAUAUCAAGAGCACUUAUAAUGAUAUAAAGCCCGGAAGCAUCAUUCCUUACAAAAUCAAGGUUGACCUCAUAGUGGAUGUGCCAGUGUUUGGUAGGCUUACUCUGCCUCUUGAAAAGACUGGAGAGAUCCCUAUACCUUACAAGCCAGACAUUGAUAUUGAGAAAAUUAAAUUUGAGAAGUUCUCUUUUGAAGAGACUGUCGCCACUGUUCAUUUAAAGUUGGAAAAUAAAAAUGACUUUGAUCUGGGGCUUAAUGACCUUGACUAUGAGAUUUGGUUAUCUGAUGUGAGCAUUGGUUGUGCAGACCUUGCUAAGUCUGCUAACAUAGAAAAAAAUGGGAUCAGCUACAUUGAUAUUCCCAUCACUUUUAGGCCAAAGGACUGUGGUUCUGCGCUUUGGGAUAUGAUUAGAGGGAGAGGAACUGGCUACUCGAUGAAAGGAAACAUCAAUGUUGACACACCCUUUGGAGCUAUGAAGCUGCCCAUUUCUAAGGAGGGCGGUACAACCCGCCUUAAGAAGAAGAAGGAAGAUGGAGGUGAAGAUGAUGAUGAUGAGGAUUGAUGAUUUUGUUCAAGCUGGGAGAUGGUGCCUUCUGUAACGACUGGAUAUCUUAUCUGCAUUACUAUAACAUACACAUGAGUUGCAGCUCAUGUAUUGGUCAGACUGUUGAUGAGUCUGUGUUUGUUUAAGAUUGUCUAUGGUGCAAUACUACUACAUGACUUGUUGCUGCAGUUUACAUGAGCAAUUAGUUUGGUGAUUCUAUGGUGGGAUUGCUAGUGGACCGAGAUAUGAUUCUGAUCCUUUCUUAUUUAGUACUAUUUGGUCAGACUGUUGACGAUUCUGUGUUUGAAUUUGAAAGCUGAUGGAGUCUUAUUA